AUGAGUGAGAAGAGACGAAAUACAACUGGUAAUGGCCGCCCGCCAGCUUGGAAGCGUAGAAACCACGAUACCGGAAAGCUGACGAUAGGGUCUCGCGGUCUGUUGAUAACAAAUGCAGUAUCACGAAAGCACAAAGAAGCCAUGCAGGAAUGUCUAACCAUAUUGCGUGAGCAUUGCGAGAGCGUGGAUCCGUCUUUCGGCGAUGUAAACGACAAACAAGACGCUUCAUCGGAUGCUGUUAAUGUAGAAGACGCUAUAAAAGCGGAGUUGGAACAAAACAAAAGAUUCUUCGAUCGCUUCGUUCCCGGCCCCUGCCUAUCGCAAAACUUGAAUGUCGUGCAUUUCAGGAACGAAAAUGACGUUCCUUCUACAUAUGUGCGAGACAUAUUCCAUUCCAUGUUGCAUGAACGUACGUAUAAGCCGCGAUUCCUGUGCCGGAUAGUACCUUAUGACGUCGUUUGCAAGGCCGAGGGUGAACCCUUUACAAAGACUCUAACAGCGCUAGUAGCACGCGAAUUUCCACUCUCACAAGCUAACGGUAUUUCGGAGAAAGACGAUGGAAGUGAGCCUUCCACAUGGUCCCUCAGCUAUGCGUGCCGCAACUCAAAUGCCAUAAAAAGACAGGAUGUGCUGGAGCUGGCAGUGCAGUUAGUCGGUAGAAACUAUCGCGUAGACCUUCGCGAACCGGAUAAAUUGAUAGUUGUCGAGGUUGUUAAGGGUUACUGCGGUUUGGCCGUAAUAUCAAACUACAAACCCAUAGCUCAUUUCAAACUCAACAUAUCACGUGUAAAUUAA